AGGGUAAUGAAGCCCUGAGACAACAGAUAAUGAAGAUCUUCAAAACGAUGAGUCCUGAAAUGUUGGAUAAAUGUUGUCCAGGCCCGGGAUUGCUUGAGGAGGAAGUAACUGUCGGGAAAUUUUAUGCAACAUUCUUGAUUCAAGAUUACUUCCGCAGAUUCAAGAAAAAGAAAGAUUAUAAUCUUGAGGUGGGCUUCGAUGAAGGUGCCCCCCUCCAGGCCGGCCUUAGAACUCUACACGAGGCCGGACCAGAGCUCAAACGCGCCAUUUCUGGCGACCUAAGUGAUACGGCGGAAGAGAUGCCGUUUAUAUCCGGCAUGCUAAGAGCUGCACAUAGACAGCCUGGUGCCGGCUCAUUGCCAUUAGCAAUUCAUAAAAAACGGCAACCGGUGGUAGACCCAUCCCCGGUCCCGCCCCGGUCCCCCACAUUAUCCCUGACUCCGCCCCCUGAAAGUGAGAGCUUGUACACGCCCCUGCCAGACGAGUACACGGUUCCAUUGUACAGUGAGCCAUACUUCCCACCCAGCCCUACUCACCAGUCCUACCUUCCACCCAGCCCUACCCGCCCUACUCAUCAGGACCCUACUACGCCCUCCAGGAGAAUGACGCAGACGAGUCCCCUGCCUCAGCUGGAGAGGCCACCUAGGCCAGGUGUGAGGAGCCGGGGGUCCCCGCCCCCGCCAGGGAUACCUGCAACACCGAGGGAGGGAGGUCCGACCCUUCCUCGGGGAGCUGGAACCCCGCAGCAUAGAAGCCCUGCCAUGAGCCUCGUAGGACGGGUGCUACGAGAGCAGGGUUUGGGUCGCCAUAUUGAUGAAGAUUUUAUCGCUGCUGCUACGGUGGAAAUGCGGGAAGCUAUGAACAUGACAGCUGAAGAGUUUGAAGCAGCUGCUGAACAGCUGUUAAUGGCGGAAAAUGAGGGAAAUUUCAGCAUGCCGCAGCCAGGCCGGGAUUAUAGUGUAUCAGACAUGACCUCAAUGAUGACCUCAUCUGAAGCAUUGACCCUGACCCCUGAGCCCAGUCAGGCCACCCUGACCCCAACCCCAUCCUUUGACCUUGACUCCCCCCCUGUACCCUCCCCUCGGAGAAAGAGGGGUCCAAAUGAGUGAUAAUGUGAAAAUGAUCAUCUUGUAAUAUCUAAAUAUAUUUUAUAUUCAUCUUAUAAACAUAUUUAUUUUU